AUGGCCCCCCCAGCCGCAACGGCUGCUCCCUCGGUUCCGCCGUCUCUCUCGCUUCCUCCAUCGCAAUUUGCCCGCCUCCAGCCUCACGCCUACCUACUUGGCCACCUCUCUCCUCCAUCGGCGAGCAAUCAGCCUUCCAUUCGCGCCAAUGGCCGCGCACCUUCGCAAUUCCGUGUCACAUCUGCCAAUGCAGGCUCGCUGACCCAUACAAAUGGCAGCGCUGUAGUGCGCAUCGGCGAUACCGCCGCUGUAUGCGGCGUCCGUGCGGAGCUCUUACACACCGAAGAUAUCGCCUCGUGGAGCGUCUCGCAAGCGUCAGGUUCUAAUAAGCGUCGGCGUCUAGCAGACCUGGGCGAGAAGCCAACCGAGGAGGAUGAAGAUGAAGAUCCAGAGGAGGACCGCGCCCAUAUCGAAGAUCUCAACCUGCUUGUUCCAAAUCUCUCCUUGAGCACCGGCUGUGCGCCAGGCUUCAUUCCUGGUGCGGCGCCUUCUGCGCUCGCCCAGUCACUUUCCCACCAGAUUCUCUCCCUUCUACACAGCACACGCUUAGUGCGCGCGGAUGACCUCCGUGUCUGGUAUCAACCGCCCAAUCUUGGACCAGAGGAACUGGAGCGACACAACGACGAAGAGCAAAUGGAUGUGGACGCCGAGCAGAGCGCGACUGCCGAGGAAAAGCCCCGUGAAAUUAAGGCUUUCUGGGUUCUUUACAUUGAUAUCAUGAUAAUCUCACUCGCUGGAAACCCCUUCGACGCUGCAUGGGCUGCUGUGCUUGCCGCCCUCCGCGAUACGAAGCUCCCUAAAGCCUGGUGGGACGUCGACAACGAGACAAUCGUUUGCUCGGACAGUGUUGCAGAUGCUCGCAAACUAUCUCUUCGUGGCUUGCCUGUCGCAAGCUCAUAUGGUGUCUUUGAGGCGGAUGCUGCGGCAGGAUGGCGUGCAAACGUUAUCCCUGAUGCUGUGGAGGAAAACGCACAAGCCCAAAAAGACAAGAAGGGCUCCCCCGAGAGGUGGAUCCUUGCAGACCCAGAUGGCUACGAGGAGGGCUUAAUUCAGGAGCGGGCCUGCGUCGUUAUUGAUAAGGAGAAGGAUGGGAAGACGACUAUCGUGAAAAUGGAGAAGAAUGGGGGUUGGACUGUUGACACUGAGGAUCUUCGACAGUUGGUGGAAAUGUCAGCUCGGAGGUGGGACGAAAUGAAACGGAUACUAGAACAAUGUUAA